GCUCGUCAUGGCUGAGCUGGGUCUGAAUGACCACCACCAGAAUGAAGUGAUCAACUACAUGCGAUUUGCACGCUCUAAGCGUGGCCUGCGCCUCAAAACAGUAGACUCUUGUUUUCAGGACCUUAAGGACAGCAGGCUUGUGGAGGAUACAUUCACUAUUGAUGAAGUGACAGAUAUACUGGAUGGCUUACAGACUGUAGUACACAGCGAGGUGGAAUCCGAACUUAUUAACACAACAUACACCAAUGUAUUACUUCUGCGUCAGAUUUUUUCCCAAGCAGAGAAAUGGUAUCUUAAACUGCAAACUGACAUUUCUGAGCUGGAAAAUAGGGACUUAUUAGAGCAAGUUGCAGAGUUUGAAAAGUCAGAAUUUACAUCUUCAAAUAAGCCUAAUCCAGAGCUGGUUAAACCUAAACUUACUCCAUUGCAUGAAGGAGCAUCAGAAUUGCUAAACAAAGAAAUUGCAAGACUCCAAGAAGAAAAUGAAAAAUUGAAAACUAGAUUAAAGACAAUAGAAGUGCAGGCAACUAGUGCACUGGAUGAGAAGUUAAAGUUGGAGAAGGCUCUGCAAGAUCUACAGAUUGCUCAGGCAGAUCAAAAAGUGAACACUACUCAGGAUCUUAGUGAAAUAGAAAAUACUAUGGCUGAUCUGAAGUGCCAAUUUGAAAAGACUUUGCAAGACAGUACUGCAAGCAAAAAAUCCUUGGAAGAUAAUCUGGUGUCAACAAAGCAUGACCUUCUUAAGCUUCAGGACCAGUUGGCUGUGGCUGAAAAGGAAUUGGAAAAGAAAUUCCAACAAACAGCUCCCUACCGUAACAUGAAAGAGAUUCUGUCCAAGAAGAAUGAGCAGAUAAAGGAACUACGUAAGAAGCUUUCAAAAUAUGAACCAGAUGAUUAAGUUCUGAAGAACGUCUGUUUUGUCAAGAACCUGCUACAAUAUGAAAAUGCAGAGUUUUGAAAAAAGGGAUCUAUUUUUCAGUAUGUUGCAAUUUACACUUUCCAAGGAGUUUGUUUCCUGUUUUCUUUUUAAAGUAUGUUUUAUUAUUAGGAAGCCAUAACUGAGAAUUGAAAGCAAAAGAAAAGGCACGUUCUGUUAUGCCUUUUUUGAAUAGUUACCUUGUGCAUUGCCUGGGAAACGAUAAGCCAGUUCUUUGUGAAGUAGAAAGGUUUAGUAUUUUAUUCCCUGCAAUUUACAUACUUUCCAAACAUGGCUUUUCUUUUACAGUUGUACUAGCAGCAAAAAAUAAAUCAAAACAAGUUGGUUCUAUAGUAAUUUGUUCAUUAACACAUAUUUAUUAUAUAAAAAGCUCAGCAAUUUUCAAUAGUUUCUGUACUACAAAGGAAGGAACCAAUCUGUUUGCUAUUUUUAAGAAGCAAGAAAAUUUGAUAGGCAUAUGUGAAUUAACCAGUAAAAUAGAUUUGUGUCUUACUCAUCCGAUUGAACUUACUCAUACUUAAGUAGAAGUACUUUAUUAUAUUACACAUGUAAGGCAAAAAUCACUAGGUGCAGCUUUUACAACCUUCUAUUCAUUUCACUGCCAAUUUGCACAGAAACAUCUGGCAGACCACACUUAAAUGAAUGGUUAUGCACAGCGGGCAUUCUUUCUGGAUUUUGCUCAUAUGUCCCAACAAUAUAUAUCACAUUCUAAAUGUAAGUGUUGAAUAGUAGAAUGAAAAAUAAUUUGUUCCAAAACUGCUAAGUUGACAUCAGACUAAAUGAAACCAAAUGAAAUAACUUUGUAGAAGAUUUUACCCUGGAGAGGUUGUGUCAUUUCUUAGGCAACUCCAGUUGUAAAACCAGUCUUCAUUCCUGUAUUCCAGCCUCUUAAAUUCUGUGUAUUUGCUGGCCUAUGUAAUGAUAUAUUUUAAUUGUUUUUAUGAUAC